AAAUUCUCACUUUUUGCUUCGUUCUAUAUCGGCACCGAACCAUUAAACCAAAGGAAAGCAAAAGAAGAAGAAGAAGAAGAGAGGAGAGAGAUACGUAGUGAGAGAGAGAGAGAGAGAGAGAGAGAGAGAGAAAGAGAGAGAGAGAAAGGUUGAACCUUUUUUGCGUUUGUGUUGAAAAAGAUCUUCACUGUGUGUGUGCGUCCCUUUACAAUGCCUGUGAGUAAUAGCUUCCCGUCCUCUGAGAUUCCCGAUGAGGGAGACCAACAAAGCGACCGAUUUAACCCGGAAGCUCAACAGGAUCUACAAGACAAGAAGGGUGAUGUGAAUAAAGACGAAGAAGAAGUGAAACGCGACGAAGCAGAGGAGGAAGAAGAAGUAGAAGAAGUGAAACCCAACGAAGCGGAGGAAGAAAAAGAUAAGGAAGAUGAUGAUGGUGAUGAAGACGAUGCUGAGAAGGAAGUAGAAGAAGAAGAGGUAGAAGAGGAAGAAGAAGAGGAAGAGGACGAGGAAGAGGAAGAAGAAGACGAAGAAGAAGAUUCUAAGGAAACAGGUCCAUCUUCUCUACCAGGAGACCAAUCAGAAUAUAUGGAAAUUGAUCUCGGAGAAAUCCGUAAAGACGUGCAGUGUCCAAUAUGCCUAGGAAUCAUAAGGAAGACAAGGACUGUGAUGGAAUGCCUUCACCGCUUCUGCCAGGAAUGUAUUGAUAAGUCAAUGAGAUUGGGGAACAACGAAUGUCCUGCUUGCAGAAAACAUUGUGCAAGCCGGCGUUCUCUAAGAGACGACCCAAAAUUUGAUUCUCUUAUUGCAGCUUUAUUCACAAAUAUUGAUAGUUAUGAGGAAGAGGAACUGGCUUUUCACGAAGAUGAAAAGGCUCGUAAUAAGCAGAUUCAAGCAUCUAUAGCUCAAAUAUCGCAACGACAGUCUGAGGCUCUUGUGAAAAGACGAUCUCUUGGUAAAGAGGCAGCAGUCUUAAUGAGAUCACCGCGUAUUGCUAGUGGCUCCAGAAGGAGAAGGAACUGUAGAAACAUGGAACAACAAAAUGCAUCAGAAGCCCAUGAUGAUGAUAAUAAUGAUGAUAUUAACAACAACGGAGGAGGCAAAGAUUCGUCUUCAGAUGAGCGUGGUACAGAAGUCCGACAGAAGAAACGUAGAAAACGGUCUACAAGUCGUUCAACACAACACCCUUCCUCUUCAGGUGCAAACAAUAACAAUGGUAACUGCGCAGAUAAUGACACUGAAGUUUAUAGAGACAGUAAAGGAAUAUCACCCGGGCUUGUUUGGAAUCCAGAGAUACUGGCUUGGGGAAGAGGUGGUACAAGGAGUAACACAAGGCAUGGGAAUAAUAUAUCAGGAGGCAGUAGUAAGACUGCGAGGAAUGCUCGCGUGAACAAACUUGUUGAAUAUCUACGUAGCAGCAUAGAUGGACCAAAUGUUGAGGUGGAUAUCCAUCUGAAGCUUGUCUCCAUGGAUACUAACUGUAUACCAGACUUACCGCAGCCAUAUCUCUGUUGCAAGCCCGCGUUGCUUGUAAAACAGCUCCGUGGAUUCGUAGCACUUCAGAUGAAUUUGAAGACUGAAGAGGUUGAAUUGUUAAUAACAAGAAGAGGAGCAGGAGAAGAUGCGACAAUAGAGAAACUUCCUGUAGUGACUUCAGCUUCAGCAGCAGCAUCCAAAGAUGAGAUGCAAAGUCUCCAAGACAAUGAAACAUUGUCAAGGCUCAAAGUCGAUUUCAUAUCAAGCCAUGAACAACAUUUGAUCAUAGCUUACCGGAAGAAGCAAACCGAGUGAAGAAACUUGGAGCCUAAGGACGUGCAGGGAACACUGUAUUAUAUAUAAACAGAUGGAUCAGGGCAUGUUUGUCCGUUUGCUAGAUUAUAUAUCUCAGUUGGUUUUUAGUUUUAGGAAGUUUUUCAUUUGUGACAAACUUUUUUUUUUUUGCGUGUUCAUUGUAGACAUUGCUUAGUAUUUCCGGAGCAACUUUUAUAAGGCAAACCUUUGUUUUUACUA